GGAGGAGGAGAAGGUUUGAUGUGGAGACUCCGAUGCAGCAGACGUCUCCACAUGACUGGAGAGUCCUUCCCAAGCUCCAACGAUCGGGUCACUGGUGUCAGUUUUCUAAAUGAAGAGAAAACAAUAGAGAACAAUAAAAGUGAAAAGAUGGCGACAUUACACCAGCCUCAGCCUGCAGUCCUCACUGAAUUGGUGUCUCUGAGCUGUCCCUUUGUGAGCAUGAAAGGAGACACUGCGGGGGGCACCAAGGGUGACAGGUUUGCCCCAUCUCGCCUCAGAGAGGAGGGACCGCACACUCGAUCUCACCAGGUCUCGAUCGAUGAUCACAGUGACGCCAUCUUGACCAGAGGCCUGCUGGGUUGCGGCCCUGCCCUGAAGCCCAAAGAGCUAAAUAAACACGGCGUUAACACUGAACGGCGUAAGCGUCACUCGAUCGAAAGCAAGGAGAAAGAUGAAGGCUACUGGGACAAGCGGCGAAAAAACAACGAAGCAGCCAAGCGUUCCCGAGAGAAGCGGCGUGCCAAUGACAUGGUCCUGGAGACGCGUGUCCUGAGCCUGCUGGAGGAGAACGCCCGUCUGAGAGCGGAGAUGCUUGCCAUCAAGUUCCGCUUUGGCCUGGUUAAAGACUUUUCUGACGUUUCCAUCCUGCCGCUCACUCAGUCGACUCAACUUGACUCUGAUGAGCCAUCAUAUUUGAGUGGCAGCCAUCAGCAAGACACCACAUGUGAAAAGACAAAGCCAGCGCCAUCUGCAGGAGAUGAACAUGCAAACAUCCAAGACCCAAGGAGCCUUCCACUCAAGCUCCGCUUCAAAGCUCCUGGUGGGGAAACAUCUCCGAUAUUGUGUAGUGGGCCAAACAUCGUUGAGAGGAAGCACCAACAUUCAGCACGGGGUGCUCCAAAUUUUGGUCAGGAGGUCUGGUGCGGUGAGGAGGCGUGUGUAGUAGGUGAUCCAGCAGAGAACGUCAGUCUCAGGUCUCAGAUCAGCUGCUUGUCUCAGGAAGUCGCUCGACUGAAGCAGCUUUUCUCCAACCAGAUGCUCACUAAGAACGUUUGAACGCUGACAGUAUCUUCAUGCUGGACACUAUCUUCAUGCUGGACACUAUCUUCAUGCUGAUGCUUUCAGCUCAUUAUGGCAGGGGUGCCCAAACUUUUUCCACCUAGGUCAGCAUUUGCACUUAUGAUUUUUGAUUUAUGAUACGUUAUCUACAUUACGGAUGCUAGUAGCAAUCCAAAGUAGGGAUGCGCCAAUCAAUGACUUUAUGAUAUGAUUCUGCUGAUUCUCAUCCAUGAACGAGAUCUGCCCAUACCGACCACAGGGAUUAACUGUACAUGUUUAAAUUAUUUAUGAUGAGUGGUAUUGGCCAAGGCCGCCGUUAGACUAUUCCAAGGGCCCCUGGGAAAUAGAUAAUUAUUUAAAAAAAUUAAUAUCAGGCCUUUAUUUGUGUGAAUGAAACAAUUUUUGUACUAUUUGCCACAAACCUGAAUUUAAUUUGAUGUAUGUUUUGGA